CGGCGGCAGCUCCCGAGCGCCCCCUGGCGGCCCUGACCCCACCGCGGUUCCCACAAUGCUCACGUAGCCCCGCAUCAGCUCCCGAGACGGCGGCAGCUCCAAGAUGGCGCAGACGAUUUUCGAGGCCCUGGAGGGAAUGGACAAUCAGACCGUCCUGGCAGUACAGUCAUUGUUGGAUGGCCAAGGAGCAGUCCCUGAUCCAACAGGCCAGACUGUCAGUGCACCUCCUGCUAUCCAGCCAUUGGACGAUGAGGAUGUCUUUCUCUGUGGGAAGUGUAAGAAGCAGUUCAACUCGCUGCCAGCAUUUAUGACCCACAAGCGGGAACAGUGCCAGGGGAAUGCCCCACCUCUGGCCACAGUCUCAUUGGCCACUAACAGCAUCUAUACGCCUUCGGCAGCACCCACAGCAGUCCAGCAGGCCCCGCCUCCUGCCAAUCGCCAGAUCUCCACGUACAUUACAGUGCCCCCAUCCCCACUGAUCCAGACCCUGGUGCAGGGGAACAUCUUGGUGAGUGAUGAUGUGCUCAUGUCUGCCAUGUCGGCCUUCACGUCCCUGGACCAGCCUAUGCCCCAGGGCCCUCCGCCUGUGCAGAGCAGCCUGAACAUGCAUUCUGCACCCAGCUACCUCACCCAGCCUCCGCCACCUCCUCCACCCCCUCCACCACUGCCCCCACCCCCACCGCCCCAGCCCCCACCCCCACCCCAGAGCCUGGGCCCCCCUGGGCGUCCCAACCCUGGCGGAAAUGGUGUGGUGGAGGUGUACAGUGCCACAGCGCCCCUGGCUGGGAGUGGCACAGUGGAGAUCCAGGCAUUAGGAAUGCAGCCCUACCCACCCCUGGAGGUGCCAAACCAGUGUGUGGAGGCUCCAGUAUACCCCACGCCUCCAGUAUACAGCCCUGGCAAACAGGGAUUCAAACCGAAAGGACCAAACCCUGCUGCCCCCAUGACCAGUGCCACGGGGGGCACAGUGGCCACCUUUGACUCCCCACCAACGCUGAAGACCCGACGGGCCAAAGGUGCCAGCGGACUCCCAGAAGCUGCAGGGAAGCCAAAGGCUCAGAAACUCAAGUGCUCAUACUGUGACAAGUCAUUCACCAAAAACUUCGACCUGCAGCAGCACAUCCGAAGGUACCCAGGUGUGGUGGGGCAGGUGGCUCCUCGGCAGCCCAGGUCGGGAGGCCAUCCACAGUAG